AAACAAACAGGAAUCACGAGCAACCCGAUCAACCCACAACUAACUGCCCCUUCAAUCCAUCAAUACCCGUGGUGAUCAGUUGCACGUCAGGUCGAUACGUUUGCAAAACGAAAGACAUUUUCUUUGUUCUCGCCUGACCAUUAUUUGAAGAUGCAAUCAACAAAUAGAUUGGACAUUUGAUGACAUUCGACGAGUUGGUUUAUUUCUGGGCUGUGCCAGUGUUGAUCAAUAAGAGAAUUUGGGGCGCCCAUUGUUACCCUGAAUACUCGUCACUUGGCGCUGUCUGUGGUGCUGAAAUCCCGAGUGAAACAAAGGCGACUCGGGAAACUCAACAACACAAAGGAAUCAAACGUCGGUGGAUGAAAACCUGUUGGAGACUGUCUUUAAAUCACCACACGGAGCCAUUGUAUUGCAACCCUGUCGUCUGCUUUAACCGACAUUGUUCUGUGCAUCGGCAGGCGGAGAAGAGUUUCUGAUAAGCAGCUACAAGUGGAUUCCGUACAAGGUUUCAAAUUCAGCUGCACUUGUGUCUGACUGUCCCUGACCAUGAGUUCGUGGAACACGAUUCUUUAUUCUGUCCCACUGCUCAUUAUUUUGUUAGUCCGCGGCUGCUGGUUAGUCUGUGUUGAGGUUCCUUCAGACACUGAAGCUCUACAUGGAACCAAUAUGAAACUCACUUGCAUUUCCUGUAUGAAGAGAGAAGAAGUGAACACAGACACCAUGGUUGAAUGGACCUACGUGAGCAAUGAUGGGAAGGAAAUAUCAAUUUAUGAGUACAACGGAGAGCCACGAGAGCUAAAAGGACCUUAUCAGGGCAGAAUUCUGUGGAAUGGAAGUAAAGAUCUGCAAGAUGUAUCCAUAACCAUAGUGAAUGUUACACUUAACGACAGUGGUCUGUACCGGUGCACGAUCAAACGGUAUUUUAAUUAUGAGAUGCACAGACCUUCUCUGACAGAUGUGAAAGAGGUGCAGCUAACAGUGCAUGAAGACGCCCUUGAAGAUUUUACUUCAUACAUUUCAGAAAUCAUGAUGUAUCUUCUCCUUGUUUUCCUCACUUUAUGGCUUGUUAUAGAAAUGAUAUAUUGCUAUAGGAAGAUAUUGAAAUCAGAAGAAGCAGCACAAGAAAAUGCAACAGACUACCUGGCGAUACCAUCUGGAAACAAAGAGAAUCACUCCACAGUUCCUGUGGAAGAGUAGGAAUACAUUCACUUCGGACAGCGGAUAGCUUGGUUCUGCAAUCCCCAAGAAGAUCAGCCACUAGCAUCACGAUCGACUGAAAUGUUGGAAAGCAGAGAAAAACAAGUUUAUAGAAUUCUUUGGUUUGGCCUCCAUGCAGCAUUCAUUAUUUUCCUCACAACUUACAAACCAUAGGCAAGUUAUCACCUGGGAUCAGAAAUUUUCAUUUUGUAGUAUGUUUUACAAAGAGUUCUUUAUGUAUCAAUUGAACUUUUUAAGUUUGGAAUCAGCCAACCUCCUAGUUUAAUGUCUCAAUUGUUUCGCCAAAUGCAGUGUUUGGGCAGUUGAUAGCAUUCAUGUAAAUAUGUUUGCAAAUGGAGUAUAGGUUCACUGAAAGUCCAUUUGCUUUCCUGAGCUUGAUUAGAAUUUUCAGUUCACAUCAUUGACAAAUAAUUUUAAUUUUCCAUAACAGAAUAAAACUCGAGUUAUUUAUAUCAUAUGCUGCACCAAAUUGCAUGCAUCUGGCCACAUUUAAAGAUAGGUUGUCUGCUUAAAGAUCUGGAAUAUUUCAAAUAUCAUUCUAGUGGUGAAAGAGCAAGGAGAUUGCAUUACUGGUGAACAAUUUAAACCCAGCUCCACUUUUCUUUGACCUUCUUUGUAAUUUUGAGGCCUAUUAACAACCAUUAUUGUAUAGCUAUUAAUACUACUUUUGUAGCAAAAUGUUAAAAGGAGAUAAUUGCUGAAAAAUUUUAUAAGAAUCAGUUGCUGUCAGUCGUUCUUAUAUGGUGUUCAGGCCCAUUACUAAUCAAGUGUUAUUUGUGUGGAUCAUGUUUCAAAUUGCACAUGUAGAAGUCACAUUGCCAGAUGUGGUCAUUGCAUGGUUAGUUCUAUUCUAAUGGGCAGGAACAUCCAAUUGCUGCAUUUCCUUAAAUAUAUACAUACAUGUAUAAUUAAUAUCCAGGAGAGACACUGAAACCUGCUUACACAGCAACACUACAGUAAGCAAUAGUGAAAACUGAAAAUAAGGGGCACAAGAGUUUAGCUAAUCCAGUUCAUUCCAUAUUAAGUCACUUCUCCACACCAGUUUAGUAGACUGAGAUCCCUUCAUAUUGUUGUGAAUCAAGAAACUAGCUCUUAUUGGUACAAUUCAGCACACUCUAAUGUUUUAUCAUUGCAACUCAGGCCUAUAUGCUCUGUGUCCUUGAAUUCAGUAUAAGGAGCUUUCAGCCUCCAAUUUAUCUAUUAUUUUGAUUAUAUCAACUACUCAAGUUUCCCAUUAAUGCUUUUUCUAAUAUUGUUAGUAAUAAACACCCUGAGGCUGUUCUCAUAAAAUGAUAAGUACAGUGCCUAAAGAAAGUAUCUUUCUUUACACCGUCUCAAUGCACCAGCCUGCAUUUGGAGAUGUAGUCACUGAAGGUGCAUGUAGUGUACAAAGUAUGGUUCAAAAUUCAAAUUGUUUGCAUAUUCGUAGAAAUUAAACACAUUGUAACAAAUUAUAUAGAACACUUAAGAUUGAAGGAGCUGUUCAUCUGGAAUUACUUACAAAGUUAUUUGGGAAGAGGACACGUUUUCAUAUCCCAAAACAAUUUCAGAGACAAUAGCAAGUGUACUGUCUGAUUUUUGAUAGUAACAGUUAUAUUUCAAUUCCGCAUAGAUGGCAGUUUCCUGAUUAUACUUAAAUCUAAUAGAAUUUUUUAUAAUCCCAUUUUUAAUGAAUGCUGUAACUUCUAAUAAAGAUGAUCAUUAAACAACACAACUAACAGAAA